ACACCAUGAUGAAUAAAUAAUUAGUAAAUACGUACAUACAAACUAGAUUAACCACCAAACGUGCUAAUUAAAAUACAAAUCAAAUCCCAAACAGCAACAUUUUUAUUUUCAUUUCGAACCUUAAAACACACGCAUAAUUAAUUAACCAUCUUCAAAUCAAAUCUGAACAACAACAAAAAAAACUCACAGAGAGCUGAAAAAUGGCCAUGGCGAGGGCAAGUUCCGGCCUCGCGUACCCGGAGCGAUUCUAUGCCGCGGCUACAUACGCUGGAUUUGACGGAUCUCCUAAUUCAACUGACACUUCCGUUUCUUCCAAGUUCCAAAACGACACUGCGUUGCUCCUCUAUGCUCUGUAUCAACAGGCUGCUAUAGGUCCUUGUAAUGCUCCAAAACCCAGUACUUGGAAAGCUGUAGAAUUAAGCAAAUGGAAGAGCUGGCAAGGGCUGGGCAACAUGGCUUCCACAGAAGCAAUGCGUCUCUUUGUGAAGAUAUUAGAGGAAGAAGAUCCUGGUUGGUAUUCUAGAGCAUCUAACUCUGUUCCUGAGUCUGUUGUAGAGGCGCAAAUGAAUCAUAAUCCCAAAGUUGAAUCUGUCAUCGAGAAUGGGAACUCAUAUCCAGAGACAAAGACAGUAUCCAGUGAGAAAGGAAGUGUCAUAGAGACCCAGGAUAAAGAUGUUGUUUCAGAAGGCCUUGGUUCUAUUGCUGUCUAUGAUCAAUGGAUCGCCCCUCCAAUAUCUGGCCAACGCCCAAAAGCCCGCUAUGAGCAUGGAGCAACAGUUAUUCAACAUAAGAUGUAUGUAUAUGGGGGAAACCACAACGGCCGUUACCUUAAUGAUCUGCAUGUGCUGGAUUUGAGAAGUUGGAGUUGGUCAAAGGUUGAUGCUAAGUUUGGAGCUGAUUUAAAUGAAUCAAAAUCUCCAGCUGUCGUAACUUCUUGUGCUGGUCAUUCUUUGAUACCCUGGGAAAAUAAGCUUUUAUCAAUUGCUGGACAUACGAAGGAUCCAUCAGAAACUAUGCAGGUGAAGGUAUUUGAUCCACAAAGUUGUACAUGGUCAACCUUAAAGACAUAUGGGAAAGCACCGGUCUCACGAGGUGGUCAAUCUGUUACACUAGUUGGGACGAGCUUGGUGAUUUUUGGUGGACAAGACGCAAAAAGAUCUCUCUUGAAUGAUUUACAUAUUCUUGACCUAGAAACGAUGACCUGGGAUGAAAUUGAUGCUAUUGGUGUCCCUCCUUCUCCAAGGUCGGAUCACGCUGCUGCAGUUCAUGCAGAACGCUACCUUCUUAUUUUCGGCGGCGGUUCACAUGCUACUUGUUUCAAUGAUCUGCACGUGCUUGAUUUGCAAGCUAUGGAAUGGACAAGACCCACUCAACAGGGGGAAAUACCAAGUCCACGGGCUGGGCAUGCAGGUGUGACAGUUGGGGAGAAUUGGUUUAUAGUUGGCGGUGGUGACAACAAGAGUGGGGUGUCUGAAACUAUUGUUCUCAACAUGUCUACACUUGUUUGGUCUGUUGUUACUUCUGUUGAAGGACGUAUUCCUCUUGCCAGCGAGGGUUUGAGUUUGGUAGUAAGCUCCCAUAACGGUGAAGAUAUUCUUGUUUCAUUUGGGGGAUACAAUGGGCGUUACAGCAACGAUGUCAAUGUUCUUAAACCAAGCCACAAGUCUACCUUGCAAGGAAAAAUUAUGGAGUCUCCACUGCCUGAUAGUGUUUCAGCUGUGCAUAAUGCCACAAAUGGCACCAGAGAUUUGGAGUCGGAGUUUGAAGUGGGCCAAGAAGGCAAAAUAAGGGAAAUUGUUAUGGAUAAUGUUGAUCCAGAGCCCACGAAAUUGAAAGGUGAAGUAUCCAGUGAACAUCUUUUAGCAACUUUGAAAGCAGAAAAAGAAGAAUUGGAGUCAUCACUUAACAAGGAGAAAUUUCAAACUGCACAAUUGAAGCAGGAAUCGGCUGAAGCUUAUAGUCGUAAUACUGACCUUUAUAAGGAGCUCCAGUCUGUGCGUGGUCAGCUUGCUGCUGAGCAGUCUAGAUGUUUUAAAUUAGAGGUUGAUGUGGCAGAAUUAAGACAAAAGCUGCAGACAAUGGAGGCAUUACAAAAAGAACUCGAACUGUUACAGCGACAAAAGGCUGCUUCGGAACAAGCUGCCUUAAAUGCAAAACAAAAGCAGGGCUCUGCUGGGGUGUGGGGUUGGCUCGCCGGAACUCCGGGCCAAAAAGAGGACGAAGCCUAAAUUUUGUUGCAAUAUUUUUUGAAAUUAUAAUUAGAUUGGUUCUUCUUGAUCAAUUUUUUAUAUCAAACAUUUUUCUCUUAGUGCAGUUCUUUCUGUGAUGGGAAUAAAGAUAUCAUGUUUUUGUUCAGCAGAAUGAAUACCUUGGUUUUUUUGCAGGAAUAUAGAUAUAGACACUGUAGUUUUAAGUUAAAAUAUUGGCAGAAUUUUUACAAAAUUUGUAAUUGAAGUGGAUAGAAUUUCAAUGAAGUAUAGGUAUUUGGUUAUUUGCCAAUCAUGUAUUAUAAAUGAUGUAAUUUGAUUUCUUGACAUUUAAUGUGUUGUGGGAGUAUAAA